AUGGCGCGCUCUCUGCCCCCGUACACGUGGAAGAGCGGCUACGCUGUCCCUGCCGGCGAGGGGGCGACGGCGCCAUGGGCCGACGAAAAGCAUUUCGGCGACGAGACCGGCGAGAGGGCGCAUUACCGGCUACCCGUGGAGGGGGAGAAGCUGACGUCGACAGUCGGGAAUAGCUUCGGCAUCGCACAGCUGCGCAGCUGGCCCGACGUGUACAAUGGGACCGAAGCGGGGCAGGAGAAACCGGCGUGGUGGAAGCCCGAGACCGAGGUUGACGUUCUCAUCUGCGGAGCUGGUCCGUUUGGGUUGGAGGUGGCCAUGAACCUGGCGAGGCAGGGCAUCAGCUUCAGGAUUGUCGACAAGGCAGCUACACCGUGCCUGUCGGGCAGGGCAGACGGGCUGCAGCCUCGGGCAGUGGAGUACCUGCAGUCUUGGGGGGUUGGGCACGAGACAGCCGAGGUGGGCCCGCUGCUUGACUCAACGGUGCUGUACCGCAACGGCGUCAAGCUCUUCCACGACCACAGCUCGACGUGCGACUCGCGCUUCAAGGGCAUCCACAUCAUCACCCAGGGCCAGAUCGAGAAGAUAUACAUCCGCGACCUGCUGCGCCACCGCGCCCUCGUCGAGCGCUGCACCACCGUCGACAGCUUCCAAGUCCAUGAUGAGCCUGCAACCAAGUCCCACCCCGUUACCGCGACCUUGAAGAAUGUCCAAACCGGUACUACCGAAACCGUCCGCGCACGCUACCUCAUCGGGGCCGAUGGCGCGUCGAGCAAGAUCCGCGAGAAGCUCGAGAUCCCCUUCGAUGGCCUCGCUACCGAUUGCUUCUGGGCCAUCAUGGACUGCCAGUUCAAGACAGACUUUCCCUACAUUCUGGGUUUCUGCAUCCUCAUCAGCCCGGAACACGGCGGCUGCAUCGUAAUUCCGCGAGAGGACGGCCACACUCGAUUCUACGUCCAGAUCACGGGCGAAACCGCCGCCAAGAUUGCGGCGGCGCGGAAGAAUCUGAAGAACGGAAAUCGGUCGACAGUCGGUGAGACGCAGGUCCACAACCACACCGUCACGCCCGAAGAGGCGCUGCAGCACCUCAACAAGAUCAUUGCGCCUUGGACUGCCGAGUUUGCGUCUGCCAUGAGCUGGUUUGCCGUGUGGCGAGUCAACGAACGCGUGGCGAGGUCCUACUCGACGCCCGACCAGCGCGUCCACAUCGGCGGCGACGCAGCACACGUGCACAGCGUGCUGGGCGCGUUUGGGCUAAACUCGUCCAUUUACGACGCCGCCAACCUGGGCUGGAAGCUGGGGCUGAGCAUCAAGGGCCACGCAAGGGCGGCGGCGGUGCUGCCGACGUACGACUCGGAGCGGCGACUGUUCGCAAACCGCGUGAUCCGCGUGUCGGGCGCGUACCUGCGCUUUAUCUGCAACCUCAACCUGCCGCUGGCCGAGCUGCGUGGGCUCGACGCCAAGAUCGAGGUCCACGACGAGAAUAUGCCGGCCCUCGACGGCUCCGCUGACGCCGAUCUGCGCUUCCUAUACUCGUUCUUCGGGCGCAACGCGAAAUUCCUGCUCGGUGUCGAGGGGCCUAUCGUCGCCUCCCCCAUCUGCCCGCCUGACAAUGUUGUGGCCACGGGCAAGGCCUCGACGACGACGACGACGAUGACGACGGCUAGGCCGACAAGCUUGCUCAACGGCGUGCGCGCGCCGAGCCCGCGCGUGUGCUUCGGCGCGAGCUCGACGGGGUACCUGUACGACGGCAUGACGGGCGUCGACCGGUUCCACAUCCUCAUGUUCGCGUCGGACCUGCAGGGCAGCGUGCGAGGGCGCGUGGCGCAGCUUGCACGAGCCGGGUUCGGCGCGGGCGGCUUCUACGAGCGCUUUGGCGGGCGCGACCGAUUCAACGUGCUGCUCGUGGUCAAGGCGCUGCCGCACGAGGUGGUAGGAGAGGGGUCGUUGUUGGCGGCUGGGCCCGACGAGCCGGAGUUGGCGCGCCUGCUGGAUGUCGCUACGUUUGUCUACGACGACCGUGCCCCUGACGAGGAUGCGCAUUACUGGUAUGCUGUCAACCAUGCUCGGGGCGCCGUCGUUGUCGUCCGCCCUGAUCUCGUCGUCGGCAUGAGCGCCUGGCCAGAGGACACGGCGGCCGUUGACAAGUAUUUCUCGGGCUUUUUGGUCGAGACUCUGCCCAACUAG